AUGACCAAGAAGGUGGCUCACCCAGGGGUUAGCUCUAACCCUAGCUCCAACCCUAACCCUAACCCUAAUCCUAACCCUAACCCUAGUUCUCCUCCCUAACCCUAACCCCCCCCUAACCCUAACCCUAGUUCUAGAUCU